AUGCACUUCGCCACCGUCGUGCUCUUCGUCUCUAGUGUGAUACUAGCAUGCAUCACGAGUUCCACUGGAGAUCCCGGACCCAACGUGACUGUGGCCAACCUCUCAGGUAGUCUUCGCUUCUCUACCAAGGACAUCAAUCAAAUUUUUGCUAUCCAGUUGCUAGGGGCGAAUGCGACGACGAACCAAGACGAGAGAAUGCUGUCCCCGUUCACCUCUCUACUGGAAAAGAUGCAGCGUUUCAUAUCAAAUUUUGUCUGUCAUCUUCGAGCAUAUAAAUGGAUCACGAUCGACAAAAGCGCCGAAAAGGUCUUGAACCGUUUCCACCCCAAAACAACUGUCAAGGGAGACACGUUCAAGCUUGCGCAGGACUUCUGGGACGGGCUAACGCAGUCGGAUUUGAAGGCUUUGUUGCUUUUCUUCAAGAUGAAGAAUAAACGGAGUCGUGGCGCAAAAGUCGCGUUCGUCGAAGCUCUCACAACCAAAUAUGGAGCCACCGAAAUGGUUGAGGUGUUACUGAAGGCUCGAGACCCUGACUUUGACGACAAGUUUCGGGCGGAAGUGGCGACCCUGUUGUUAGAUGAUUUGUCAUGGAGUUGGCGGAAGAGUGGAGAACGUGUUGACGACGUGUUUUGGCGCAUCCACCGACCGGUCGGCGAUGAACUAAGUAGGCCACAACAAAAGUUGUUCCAAGAGUUCAUAUCCCCUGGCCACAAAUCUCAAGCCAUGCCUUCAUUCAAAGCAGAGGCAAAUGACUUGGCUGAUGUAGAGGGGAUAUUAUCGCUUUUGACGGGAGCGGAGAAAAUGUCUGGCAAGCCAGGCAGAAUUGCGCGUGAUGUGGAAAAUGCGAUAUUAAUAAAGUGGGCCAAGGACGGGAAGACUCUUUUGGAUUUACUGGCUGUGCUGAAAGUGCCAUUCAUCCACAUAUACGACACUCUUUUUUGGAAUCUCCUCUUCAAAUUUAGUAGAUUAGUCGUGGAAUGUGGACAGAAGCCGAUCGGUGUAUGGGACGCUCUUAGGAAGUUCUACGGUGACGGCCAAUUUGUCAAUGCGUUAUUGGAAGCACGAGUCCAAAAACCAAUCCCUGCGAAAGCCUACUGGUUCAGAGAGGAUUGGCUGUUCGAGCAGUGGGCGUCGGAGGUACAUGCUGAUGUGGCAAAACUCACUCAAAAUCUUCGCGAUACAAAGGAUGUGUCUGAAGAAACGGUGGCACGAAUUGUGCGCGAGUAUGCUAAUUGGUACAAGACAAAUACGGCUUAG